GACGUCAAACUGAUUUCAGCGCUUUCAACACUUUUCCAGGUCAGCACGCAGCAAUCACGGACUUAGUGUGCAUUUGCCUUUAAUUACAAUUAAACACAUAAAUUAGAAUGCCUGCUCCUGCAAGUUCGACGUCCGUUGGUAGCGGUUCACGCUCGCCCAGCAAAUUGUCGGCGCCACGUAGCGCUGGUGCUGGUGGUGGUAGCACCUUGAAGCAGCGAAAGACAACAACAACAACAGCGGCCAGAAGUCGUGCUCCUGGCGGAGCAGGCACUGGUGGUAUGUGGCGUUUCUACACAGACGAUUCACCCGGCAUUAAAGUUGGUCCAGUUCCAGUUCUGGUUAUGUCGUUGCUGUUCAUCGCCUCUGUCUUCAUGCUGCACAUUUGGGGAAAAUACAACCGUUCUUAGACAGUUCAUUUUAGAAAAUAAAUACUUUCACCUCAACGGACGCGCGCCGCGACCCAAUUGUCGACGUCAUCAGAUU